UAAGUGGCAUUGGCAAUGUGGCCGAUUUUGAGUCAUUCUGUCUUCCUUCUCCUCCUCCAAGUCAGCGCCACCAACCCCCGAGGGUCUACCGCCUCACCCUGCGAUCGUUGGGGCUGUGCGCACCCCGCUUAUGCGAGAGAGGCCCAUGACGAGGUUGCCGUAUGAGGCCACCUGAAUCCAAGUCUUGAGCUUGUUUGUCUUGUGUGAGAUGUUGCACCCCACGGGAUCCUAUGGUUUUUGGCUUGCUAGCUCCUCCUCCCAGGGCGGUCCUCGAAGUCUGUCAGGCGAGCGCAUCGCGAUUGGCCGCCAAAGCAUGGUGUUCGAAUUCGCGGGGCGGAGGCGAGCGGUGUGUGUGUGUGUGUGUGUCAGUCGACACAGCUCGGCUGACCCGCACCCAGCGUGCUGGAUUUGCCGGCUGCUCGCGUCGCAGGCCUUCGGGGGCAGACGAGGCAACAGGCCUACCCCUGAGCACAAGACUUUAGCGGACGGGGCCUGGGGCCCGGUCGGAAGUGGCAGAGGUAAUUCUUCCCUCCGGCCUCAGCGUGCCUCCAGAGUAUUGUCAAGCGUAGUGUUAUGAGUGGCCACGGGGCCCUCUUCGCGCGGUGCUGAAGUUCGCGUGGGUUGAUGGUGCCACUCGAGGCCGCACUGCGGGCGGCACAGCAUUCGGUUCAGUGUCCUGCUGCCCGAGUCGCCCCCGUCCAGCUCGCCUCCUUCGUCCUCCGAGGGCGGCUUGUCAAUAUACAGUUUUUUUUGUGCUUCUCAGCUCACGGUAGUCCUGGAAGCGAGGCGGUCAGAUUGCUGGAUUUGCCAGCUUUUGAUCAGCCAGCCGCAUGCUGCUGCUGGAUGCGCCAGCCACUCUUGUCGCAGAGCCUACGGCGCAUAGGAAAAACACGUGGCUCGCCCAACACAGGCAUACUGGGAAGCGAUGGUGUACGCGUUUGCUUCCUGGGAGAUGUCUUUCCGAUGUGUCAUGGCACCAUCCCCGUUUGCCUCGCUACCUCGGUGAGUGAUUCCUGAGCAAGUCAAGGCGCUUGCACCACCGAGUAACGCAGGAGAUGCCACGAAGCACUCCUUCUGCAUGGCUGCAGUUAUCAUUGAUUUCUUUCGACGGCCAUAGAUUCGUCUUGCGUUCCCUGCUUGUUCCUC